UCGGAGCCCUUCUCCGAGGGCCUGAUGGACACCGAUCUGUACGACGCCUACGGUGAUCAUGACCACAUUCCCCUGGCAAACGUGCGAGAUCAGCGCGGCGACCGGCGGCGCAGUCGCUCGCACGACAACAGCCGUUACCAUGGUUACAGCCCCGAGUCGCCGUCGUACUCGGCCAUUCCGCCGCGCGGCCAGCACUUCAGGCCACUGGGAGCUACGGCCGAGCUGGGGGACACCGAGCCUAAGGCACCGCCGCUGUGGGAGGAGAUGCACGAGGGUCCGCCCGGCUACCCGGACAGCCCGCAGGCCACCCGCGAACGGCCGCCGCCGUACUUCCCGUCUGAAGCCGCGAUCCGCCACGCGUAAGCCGAAGCCCUUCAGCACCAGCCCUGGAGGCUCCCACUGCCAGCCGCGCCCCCCCCCCCCCCCCGGAAACGGACCCCCAACCUGCACUCUGAAGCGGCCCGCGGCGGCGGUCGGUCGGUGAUACGCUGGUGUCGUCAUGGGGGUUCCGUUGGUCGGGCGGAGAGUGGGGCGCGCCCUUCUGCGCGACACGACACUCGGGUGUGGGGUUUCGUUACACAGCGAUCUUGGCCGGAUGUCUGGUGGGGACACGCGUGUCUGCGGGAUGUCUCGCGAGACACUGAUCUCGGUCGGCUCUCUGAUGGGGCGUCUCUGUCGGAUUUUGCUUUUUGCGAGCCGCCGACACCCGCCAGGCAUCUCUUAAGGCACCGGGCUCCGUUGGAGGUCUCUUGAGACGCCCGUCUCCGCAGUGUCUCACUGAAUGCCCGUCCCUGUCUGAUGUCUUGUCUGACAAUGGAUGUGGAACGCCGUGUGAGACACCGCGUUCUGCUGGAUGCCACACGUGAGACGGACUUUCUUCUCCAUUUCCCCGCGUGUGUAAGCGGGCUGUGAUAUUUUGUGUGUUCGCCAGUCAGCGUGAUGGUGCGUGGUGUGUGUUUCGUGUAUAGGCGUCACGCAUGCACGACUAUACGGUCGGUGCGCGACCUCUCACGUGACACCGAGGAUCACUGAACCGAGGUUCGGUCUUCCAAGCCGCCUGCCACUGUGGCGGCUUGCAUGCAUACCUUAAUCAAAACGCGUGGUGAUUGGCGGAUGUGGACGCGGUGGUUCUCAUUGAGCUGACUCCAUAUGCACAUGCCUAUGUACAGAGUUCCGUAUCAAGUUCAUGCCAUGCUUAUUGUGUGGAGUUCCGUGUGGAGUUCAUGUCAUGCCUAUGUAUGGAGUUCCGUAUGGAGUUCAUGCCAUGCCUAUGUAUGGAGUUCCGUGAUGGCGGGAGGCGUGGGGCGCUCUUCCCGCGUCUGUGAGUCAGCCGGAGUUUCAGUACUUGUGUGUUAGUGAUGGUGCUUGAUGCCUUAUGGGAACACGUCGCGAUUCCCUGGUGGCAAACUUACUGAGGCAGAGCGUGACGCCGGACCCUCGUUUGUCUGCUUCAUAGUUAUGCCAUUGACAGUGUUUCUCUUGUUUCGACGAGUGUAACCGUCAUUUGAACGAUUGUAAAUAGGUAUGUGCCACCUGUGCGUGUAACAUCGCUUUUGUACAUACAGCUGGGAACGGUUAGAUCGUAUGUUACGCUGCAAUCUUACGUCGUUCUGUAAUUGGUGGAAUUAUUUCAGACGAUGAGGCCAGCCGCCGCUCGUGAUACAGGUCACGUGUGCUCACAAAGUGACUGCCAGGAACUGGGUCGGGACAUCAUCUUGUCCAUGAGUUAGGCGCACGUGGGGUUGAUAUGCGGUAAGAAUUAUCGUCCUGUCGCAGCAUGGAUGGAUGUUGGGUUGCAGUGCUGGAAGGCCACACCGUCCAGUCGGCUCGUUGUGAGACUCGGACCCUUCCCGCGCUGUAUACAGGAGCUGACGUGACAGGUGAGCUGAUGUCAAACUUAUGUCAGCGUGGCUUCUACACAUGCAAGUGAUGUAAUCUGGUGAUAUCCGACAAAGUGGGGAAAUGUGUCAUCGCGAUGUAAAUACACCAUGCCCCUGGA